CAGAAAAUACUUUCUCUCCAUCCAUUUCUCUUCCUCUAUUUUCUUAAUUAAUCAAUGUCUCUGUUCUUUUUCAUAAUAUCCACCUUAUCUCUUCGUUCCAAGACAACAAUUCUCAUGUUCCCACAAAAAGAAACUAGAAUAAUUCAUUGGAAGUUUACCUUUUCCUGUAAAAUUUGCUCCAUCUCCAUGGUUUCCCCAAUCUUCAGACAUGGAAGGUUUCUCUGACCUGGAAUACUUGUCUUGCCUUAUCUCUAGCAAUGUUGUCGAAGCGCGGAAAGAAGCUUGACUCCUCUGAGUCAAGUCAUCGUGUCUCGUCCUUGGGGCCAAAAGAAUCAGCUAAUCUUACGGAUUAUCCACCGUUAAAUAUCAUUCAUCCAACUCCACAACCACGCAGAGAGAUGCAGAAGCCAUUGUUUGAUCAUAAAAAGAUGGAAAAUCUUAUACAAACAGAGCCUGCUGGGUCCAACAGUCACUACUGUCCUCUCCCCAGUAAAAAAGUCCCAUCCUCCACAACGACACAAAGAGAUGCAGAAGCCAUUGUUCAUCGAUCUCCACAACCACGCAAAGAGAUGCAGAAGCCAUUGUUCGACCCCAAGAAGAUGGAAAAUCUUAUAAAAACAGAGCCGGCUGGGUUCAGUAAUCACCACCGUCCUGUCCCCAGCCCAAAUAUUCCAUCCAGUACCACGCUAAGAGAUGCAGAAACCAUUGUUCAUCAAUCUCCACAACCACACAAAGAGAUGCAUAAGACAUCGUUCGAUCCCAAGAAGCUGGACAAUCUUACAAAACCAGAGCCCGCUGGGUUCAGCAAUCACCAUCGUCCUGUGCCCAGUCCGAAAAUCCCAUCAUCACCUGGUUCCAACAUGACCGAGUCACAACUGGUCAAUACAUCAAACUCAAACACCAAACCAAACAACAAUAGUAACGGCAGUAGCAACAUGAGUUCAAGAAAUAACAGCAUCGAGAGCACUUCCUCUAACCCUUCUAAGCCACACACAGGUGGUGACAUCAGGUGGGACGCUGUGAACAUGUUGACCUCUAAAGGAGUCCAGCUCGGGAUCAGCGAUUUCCGGCUUCUGAAACGGCUCGGUUAUGGAGACAUUGGGAGUGUUUACCUAGUUGAGCUCAGAGGGACUAACACAUUUUUCGCCAUGAAAGUGAUGGACAAGGCUUCCUUGGUUAGUAGGAACAAGCUGUUGCGAGCUCAAACAGAGAGAGAGAUUUUAUCUCAGCUUGAUCACCCGUUCCUUCCCACAUUAUACUCCCAUUUCGAGACUGAUAAAGUCUAUUGCCUGGUCAUGGAGUUCUGCGGGGGUGGGAAUCUCUAUUCCUUGAGACAGAAGCAACCCAACAAAUGGUUUACUGAAGACGCCGCGAGAUUGUUUGCUUCUGAAGUGCUAUUGGCAUUAGAGUAUUUACACAUGCUCGGAAUCGUAUACCGUGAUUUGAAGCCAGAGAAUGUUCUGGUCAGAGACGACGGUCACAUCAUGCUCUCAGACUUCGAUCUCUCCCUCCGAUGUUCCGUCAAUCCAACUCUCGUCAACUCCUCCUCCUCCGGCGGCGGAAGCGGUCGUCCCGUCGGAUUCAUCGAAGAGGAAUCCACAGCCCAAGCCUCCACGUUCUUCCCACGUAUCCUGCAAUCCACGAGAAAGAACCGUAAGGCAAAAUCAGACUUCGGACUAUUCGUAAACGGAUCAAUGCCGGAGCUCAUGGCAGAGCCAACAAACGUGAAAUCAAUGUCAUUCGUGGGGACACACGAGUACUUAGCACCGGAGAUCAUCCGCGGAGAAGGACACGGAAGCGCCGUAGACUGGUGGACCUUAGGGAUCUUCAUCUACGAGCUUCUCUACGGUUCGACGCCUUUUAAAGGACAAGAGAACCGCGCGACGCUCCACAACGUGAUCAAACAAGCGCUGAGAUUCCCGGAUCUCCCUCACGUGAGCUCAGCCGCGAGGGAUCUGAUCAAGGGACUGUUGGUUAAGGAGCCGCAGAAACGGAUCGCUUAUAAACGAGGCGCGACGGAGAUCAAGCAGCAUCCAUUCUUCGAAGGUGUGAAUUGGGCGUUGAUACGGAGCGCAACGCCGCCGCACAUACCUGAACCGGUGGAUUUCACGGCGUUCGCAAGUAAGGGAGAUGGCGGGAAGAAGAGUAACACUAAUCGCAAUGAUCCUGACUACAAUGAUUUUGAAUACUUUUAGCAAUUUAUAAUGACUAUACAUUAUACACCUCCUUUCAAACAUUUAAAUUUAAC